GCGUCAGAAAAGCGGUUGGUGCACUUCAUCAGAUUCCGAGUCACACAUAAACAACUGCCCAAUGUUCUGGCAGUGUCAACACCAAGGUGUGUGAAUGAUGAGAAGAUUGACGUUAAAUAGGCACACAGCGCUUAAGUGAUCCUACCAAAUAUACGUUGCACUUCGAAACCGGCACACUUUACUUUCGUCGUUUUUCCUUUAUUCCGGUAGCCGGUUUACUUGGAUUGUGUUGCUGUUUUUUGUUUGCAAAUCGGCUGCGUCGUGCCACUGUUUAUACGUUGUUAUGCUUGUAUAAGUAAAGCAGUCAGCGCUCUACCGAUGAGUGGAAAUGGCAUACAAGAAAAAUGCAAAUUGUCUAAAUUGCCCUCAGCUCAUCCGUUUGUCAAGUUAAAAAGCGCCAGUUGAUCCUGAGCAGCCGGUCCCAUUCAGCGAUGUAAAAAUGGCUUGAUGACCAACAACGUUGACUGAAUGCUGUCCGCACAAUGCCACUUAUUCGAUUUUCUAAUCUGUGGCGCCGGGAUAAAAUACCAAUCAAAUUGCUAAUUAUCACGCUGUUUUUUCUGGCCUGUUAUCUGACGCAGUAUCCUGGCCAGUAUGAUGUGGAGAAUACAGCUGAGCAGGAGAAAAACAGCCGUGAUCAAACGCCGGAUGGAGUGGCAUGUGGCGGAAAAAACGAUCAAAUAAACAAUUCCUCUGUCAGCAAAUGGAUUUUGGCACUGUACAAGGUCAUUGGAUCAAUGGAGAGGACGGGAGUGAUGCGGAGCGCCGGCACUGUGCGACCGGAAACCAAACAGAGAACUGUGACAAUAUUCCUGUCUUCCACGCUGGGCAUGGAUGUGUACAAUGAACACUGCAUACGGACACUGCACACGCUGGGCUAUGUGGUGGAUGUCCAUACAGCGUUGCCGGUUAUUAAUCCACAACCGCUUAUUAAGGAGCGCUCGGACUUGACGCUGUGCUUGUUUACUCCGUGCUCGACGGAAAUGAUUGAUUACGAUGCCGGCAAGGUUGUUUACAUCUCCGAAAAGCUACCUGCGCUGAUUUUGGAGCGGGAGCUACUCAAUACAGUUUUUGCGGAAAUUCCAGGACUUUUCAACCAAAAUGUUUAUCGCCAUUUGAACACAGCAGAAAGCAUGCCGGUGAAUUUUGCAUCUAACGCAUCGACCAACUGGAUUGUCACUCAGGAAGAUGGUAGCCCGUCGUUUGUGACUGUACCGGCUAUCUCCUUGCCGUAUUUUCUGGGCGAAAUGCACAAAACUCAAACUAUAACCGGGAAAAUGUUACUGCAAGAAUCCUUCACAGUUUUGGAUCGCCCAGCUUGGUUGUCCGUUUAUGUGGUAGCAGUUGGAAAAGACCCUGUUGUGUAUUUCCUGCAUAAAUCCGGUUUAAUUCAAAUUGGUGAAUAUCCAAUGUUAGGCAGUCCUUAUCAGGGCAGCAGUUCACAGUUGACAUGGAGCAUCCAGCAGUUCCGAAAAUAUUUGCUAUCAAAAUACACCUCACUGGAAAUUGAAAGGUUUUUUCAAGAUGUUAGAACGGCUGUUGAUGUUUUCCUUGCGCACUGCAAAUUAGCCGCACGACACAAACAACCCGCGCCUUUGGCCACUGAAUCACCACGUGCUGAAGAAAACUGGCCAAGGCUACACCAGAUUCAUAUUGCACAGUUUACGAUAUUCAUAACAAAAGCGCUGACCCCUCAUGUUGUAUCUGUGGCUCCUUAUCCACAUACCGACGCACAGUUUCUACCUAACAGUCUUCUAAUAGAUCUUCUGCAGUUUGAUUUUCUGACACAUGGUUUUCAAGAAUCAACAAAGUCUGGUCAUUUGGAUUUGCUACGAAGUGUCGAAUCGAUUGAAUGUAAAGAGAUUGAUCUUGAGAACACUGUCCUGAAACCGGACUGCCUUUCCACUGCGGACUUACGGAAUGCCUUGGAAAUUGUCGAGUUAUUUCGCAUUUCUGGCAGUGCAGGAAUGGAAUACAUCGCACUACAUUCCUUUACUCAAUCCACAUUUACCAAAGCGAUUGAAAAUUUCCUGACAUGUCAUCCUAAAUCUAUGGAUUCUGCCGGAUGGGAUCUGACAGAAUUCGAUGCCGGUUAUGACGCGGAUACCAGUACUGCCAGGCGCUCGUGUCAGCAAAAUUCCCUGUUCCACUCGUUGCUUUUUUCCGUGGCAUUUCGUCCCGCUCUCCAACUGAAUCCGCUGUUCCAUCCUUUGACGACACUGUACAGCGCCGCUGUGCCAUUUGAUGUCAUGUCCGUCGAAGUUUCGUUCGAACCAGCGGACUGCAGUAAUUUCGUGUCAAUACUGGGAAACACGUAUCCAGCUAAGCACUCUAGUUUCACGUUAGGAGUUGGCUUGAACGUGAUGCACAUUCACGUGGUUAAACAAAACCUUUCAGCGGAAAAUAGUUUCGAAACACUGAAAAUCUACACCAUUAAAAUAACACGAGAGCCCCGGCACAGCACUCCAGUGACCGUUGAGAAAAAUAAAAAUUUGGAGAUACUGCAAAACUGCCGUCUACUCCAGGCUUGUGAAAUGCGGCUUUAUCCCAACGAAUCAUGCGGAUUGCAACCGGAAAUCAACAUUAAAAGACACGGCAGAGAAUCACAGUGCACAGCGAAAGCUGAUUACUGGAUUGUGCCAUGUCGCGAUUGCAGCAAUGAGGCUUCGUGCAACUGGGACGGUGCCACGUGGUCAGCAGAAGCCUGCGCAUAUAGGCAGUCAGAUUAUGUUGACCUUUCUGCGGAAUGUCUAAAAAAUAAACGGUUUAUCUUCCUUGGAGACUCCACAAACCGCGGUAUACUGGCAUAUGCGCUGCAGUUGUUGAACGGCUCGCUAUGGAGUGAUGAGAAAAUUCAUUCCAUCAAAGUGUACACAUUCCCGGAGCAGAACGUUUCCUUUUCCUUUGCCUACUAUCCACAGUUUUGGAUACCAAAAAACCUCCGACCAACGUUUAAAAAGACUGUGUUGCAAGCGACGAAAGCGAUCGAUAACCUGGAUGACAGCAAAGAUGUGGUGUUUGUGAUAGGAGGCGUGCAAUUUUUGCGCCCUUUUCAUUUAAGAGAACUUGACAAAAUUUUACGAAGAAAAAAUCUGAAGCGAAGUCGCGUCGUGGUAAAAACUCUUGGUGCCGGCUUUUUCAUUCGUAUACCUGGCAUUCCGUUUGUAACGCAAGACGAUUUGGGAACACUUGUGAAACAUAACGACGAAUUAAAAGAAGAAGCAAAACGCCUUAGUUAUUCUUUCGUGGAUACUCUAGCCAUGACUGUAUCGCGUUAUAACGAAUUCCAUCCUGGUCGAUGUAGCUGUCACUUUCAUUCGGUUGAGCAGAACGAUAGCAAUGGGCAGAAUAGCAGAUUCCUACUCAAGGGACCGAUUAAUGCGUUGUAUUCGCGGCAAGUUCUGCGCAAUGCUUGCGCUGAUUGAUCUGAUACAUAAAUGUGAUUCCGUCUCUCUACCUUUUCUUCGAUGCCUUUUCCAAAUGGACCAAAGAUUUAAAUCUGUCUUGACUUACAAAUGCUCAUUUACAAAGCUUUUUAUAUUUUUAUCACUGCCCGGUAAACUGUAAAGUUACUGCAUCCAUAUCUGUAUGUACAAAUUAUAUACAUAAUAA